ACCUCUGCUGUGCUGUUCUGUGGUGUGCCGUGCCGUGCCGUGCAUUGGUGUGUGUCGGCGUGCGGCGAUGUGGCGUCGCGCCGUGUCCUCGUAGUGUGCUCCUGCAACCCCGCCUGUCUCAGUUCCCUGCGACCGUCUCUCCGCCGCCAUGGGCAAGAGCGGCAGCAAGCUCCGCAAGAAGCGCAGCCAAAGCAUCGCGUGGAGCUUCCGGUUCCCGUCGCUGAGUUCGCUGUCGCGCCGCAAGAUGGCAGUGCCGCCGUCGCGGCCGCACAUGGACGUGCGCACGUGGAUCGAGGUGCUGGAGCUGACGCAGUACGCCGCGCUCUUCGAGAAGUUCGACGGCGUCGAGGACCUGCUGACGUUCUCUGAGGAGGACAUCAGGGACCUGGGCGUGAAGAACUCGGCGCACCGCGCCAGAAUCGUCUCCAGCCUCGUCGCGCUGCGGGCCAAGUACGAGAAGAGUGCGAGGCGGAAGGACAAGCCGCAGCGACACAGCGUGGCCGUGGAGCCGAGCCGUCUGGUGCAGCAGAACGGCACGUCCGACAUCCUGGUUGUAAGCGACGUCAUACAGAGCAAGAGCCUAUGUAACCUGGUGAUGGAGGGCGUGUCGAGCCCCGGGUCGUCGCCCGGCGCUGGCGAGGUGCCGGGCGAGCUGCGCAAGGCGCUGGAGUGGGAGCUGUCGCUGGACGCGCGCGACCUGCGCUCUCACGCCUGGUACCACGGCGCCAUCCCGCGCCAGCGCGCCGAGGACAUCGUGCAGCGCGACGGCGACUUCCUGGUGCGCGACUGCUCCUCCCAGCCCGGCAACUACGUGCUCUCCUGCCGCUGCAAGGGGCAGCCGCUGCACUUCGUCAUCAACAAGGUGGUGAUCCAGCCGGACACGGUGUACGAGCGCGUGCAGUACCAGUUCGAGGAGGACGCGUACGACACGGUGCCCGACCUCAUCACGUACUACGUGGGCAGCGGCAAGAGCGUCUCCACAGCGUCCGGGGCGCGCAUCUCGACGCCGCGCAACCGCCUCUACCCGCUCUCCUUCUACGCCUCCAAGUACGGCCUGCAGCAGCAGCAGCAUGUGUCGCCGCUGUCGUCGCCCGGGGGAACCCCCGCGCUGCGCUACAACCCCUACAACUCGUACCGCGCCGCGCCCCAUUCACCUCCUCGUACACGGCGCGGCGACACGCCGCCGCGGCUGCCCAGCAAGAAGCAGCGCAGCCAGUCGCUGACGCCGGCCGACUCUCAGCAGCAGCAGCAGAACCACCAGCAGCCGGCGGCAGCGGGAGAGCGCGCCAGCAGCGCCGACGGCGUCAUCCAGACGGGCACGCUGGGCAGGCACGACCCGCCGCCCGCCGCCAAGUUCUCCACACACUCGCUGCCGCGCUCCGCCGGGCUCGCCGGCAAGCACCAGCAGGUGUCGCCGUCGUCGACGCCGGGGGCGGGCCACGGGCACGCCGUGGCCAAGAUGGUGCGCGUGACGAGCGACCCGGCGCUCAGCCCCUGCCUCGAGAGGCGGCGCUUCGGCUACGAGGGCGAUGGCGCGGCUGAGGCGGCGGGGGCGGCCGACGCGGACCUGCCCGAGCAGCCGCCGCCCAAGCCCAGCCGGGUGCCGUCGCUGCCGCCCAAGGAGCACGCGGCCGCGGCGGCCAACCACGACGCCCACCACCCGCCCGUCUUCGACAACGGAUUGCCGGCGGCGGCCAGCCUGCAGCGCGUGUCGUCGUACCACGCGUCUGGCUCGGACUCUGGCAACGGUUCGGGCGACUCGGCGCAGAGCUCGGCGGCCGACGCCACCGACUGCUCGCAGGCGCAGCCGCAGGCGCAGCACCGCGGCGUCGUGAUCAAGAACCCGCGCUACCGCACCGAGUACGACUCGGCCGCCGAGGACUCGCUGCUGCUGUCCGUGCCCGAGCCGGAGCCGCCGUCCGCCUUCGACCUGGAGAGCGCCUCCACGCUGCUGCUGCCUGUCAUCGAGAACAAGCCGCUCGACCCGUCCGCCCUGCAGGCGGUGCGGCGGCAGCUGCAGGAGACGGGCCCGCGCGUGCUGGCGGCCCAUUUGACGCGCGUCGACCUCUCGCUGCUGCUCGACGCUGCAGACCUCGGGCUCGGCAUCGCCUGCGGACUCGAGCUCGUCACGCUGCCGCACGGCCGACAGCUGCGCCUCGACCUCAUCGAGAGGACUGAAUGUCUGAAACUGUUGGUGGCAGUCACGAUCUUAACUUGCACAACAGAAGCAGAACGAGCAGAAUCAUUAAAUAAAUGGAUUGAGGUAGCAGUUGAGACAAAAACAGCACUUGGUAAUCUCUAUGGAUUUUGUGCAGUGAUGAUGGGCCUCUGCAUGCCACAGAUUCAGAGGCUGUCCUCAACGUGGCAUGUUCUGCGACAGAAAUUUACUGAUAGUGCUUUCAACUUUGAAGCAAAGUUACGACCCACACUGAAAAGCAUGAACGAGUGCACAAAUCCACAGGCACCAAACACAACAAUUCCACAUUUGUUACCAUUUCUUUUGCUGCAGGAUCGCACACUUGAAGAUAUUCUAGGCCCUGCACCAGGAAGCCUGAGCUGGGAGACAUCAACUGCUGACCUCGGACUCGGCACACUUCUGGCACACAUGGAAGCUGCACGCAAAUUUGCAGAAUCUGUGCCUAUGUUUAGACGUAAUGCUGAAAUUGCACUUGGCAGUGCUGCAAAACAGGAUGAACUUCUGACUGACAUGUUUCGCACAGAAUUCCACCUGAAGUUCCUAUGGGGAAGCCGUGGUGCCUCUGUUGCUGCGGACGAGCGCCGUGCAAAGUUUGAACAGGUGCUCGCAGUAAUGUCAGACAAGUGCGAGCCACCAGCAUGAGUGGAGGAUAAUUAUGUUUAAUUGGCUGAUUUGGCACUUAGUGCUGACCAAUGAGUCUUAAUUGUUGGAUGGUAUAAAUGCUGAUACAAAUCAACAAUGUUUUUGCUGCAGGAGAAGAUAUGGUGAGCAACUCUUGUUUCCAGGUCACUGAAAGGCAGUGUGAGGUUUAGAAGAAAGGGCAUGGUGAUAAUGCAAGAAAUGAUGUCUUCAUUCUGACCAUUUCACAUGGUGUCAUGUUAUGUUAAGAUGAAGAGAGCUUAAGAUUUAUUUCAAACUACUGCUGCAGAUAAGGUGACUAAUCUGAACACACCACUGAACACUGCCAUUAAGCAACACAUCAUAGCCUUGUGUCCAAAAAAAAUUAAAAGAAACUAUGGUACUUGCAAAUAUCAAGACAGUUGUUUUAGCAUGUACAUUGAUUAUUCAUUGUCACGUCAUGGGGAUAGGUACAAACUUGUAAUUUUUUCCUAAUAUUUGGAUAAAAGAAAACGUACUUCUGUCAUAUUUUUUUCAGAGACAUGGCAUUGUGGAUUUUCCCUCCUUAAGUUAUCAAAUGAAAUGCAUUAGAUUAUAUAGUGAAAUGAUAUGUGAAAGAUUACCAUGCAUUAGGUGUUUCAAUUUGGUUCAAAUUUUUCAUACACGUGUGCCAUACAUGGAACAGGUCCAGGUAGUUCUUUAAAGUGCUGCCUUAGCACAGCUAGAGGACAGUGUAACCAAUAUAUCUCCAGGAGCUUGUGAAAUGAUUACAUAGAGACAAACAAAUCUCUGUUAAUUACACAAUCAUAACAGUGUUUAUUAAGUGUGUACACAAAGAAUUUAAUGUCUGAAACAGCUGGAACUAGAAAUACUAUAAAAAUACUUAAUCUGUCUUCAGGUUCACUUUACUUGCUUUACUAGUGGUGCUCUUUAGAUUUAUAAUAGAUGCUGUAGUUUAAAACUUGAUAAUAUGUUCUUGCCAUCAAACAAACGAGCAAUGAAGUUUGUGCUCCCUCUCACCUUUUUUGUGUAAUUUCUUACAUCAAGUUUGAGACAGUUAACUAACAACUGUGGUUUUAUGUUGUGGGGAAACAAUAUAGAAUAUAAUGCAUAUGAAUAAUUGGAAAACAUGAACAUAUUAAUUUAAAUAAAUUUUCAAUACACUUUCCUGUAUAUUUUCUCAUGGAUGUUGUAAGAGUAUUUUCCUUAGAGCCAGAUACAUUUUUUCCUCCUGUGCAAAUGUAUUAUAUUUCAAAUGUGGACUUGAGUCAGUACUUUCUCUCUCUCUCUCUCUCUCUCUCUCUCUCUCUCUCUCACACACACACACACUCAGAGAGAGAGAGAGAGAGAGAGAGUUAGUGUAUGUGUGUAAUGCAAUACACUACAACUGAUUAUGGUGAAACUAAUCACAUAAUAUUACAAUACAAUUGGAUUAAGUACAUAUAUUUUACUGAUUGAUGAUAUGGCACAAAGAAGUGGUGCUUACUGUGGUAAUAUUUCCUUUGACAGGUGGAAUUUCUUAAUAUCGGUUUCAUAUUUGUUAAUCUUUUUCAUGUAGCAAGUGAAUAUGUAAAUAAAACAAUUAUUUAUAAUUUCCUGGUUGCACCAUUUUGAUUAAACAAGUUUCUUGACAUACUAGUUAAUGACUGGCUAGGUCUUUACAGAAAGCAGUAAAGUAAUGCCCAAUAGUUACAGCAUCUACCCUAACUUAAGCACUGAAUGAGUGACCAUUCAUGACUGUAAGUAAUUUCCAGUAUGUGAUAACUGUAUGUAAUUAACAGAAAAUUGUCUUCCUUGUGUUAUUUAAGGUGCUUCAAAUUGUUUGAUGAAAUUUUGUGGGAUUUAAGUCUCUUGCUCGAACACAAGGUGGGAUAUUCCUGCUUAUGAAAUUUCCUUUUAUACUUUUGUGUUAUGUUCUAAUAAUACAAAGGCUCUUCAUUCAUUUGUUUUAUAUUGGGUAUGUUAGUUCAGAUCAGAUUGUGUUGCUUUCCCAACUGCUUCUGUUGAUAACAAUCUGCUAAAAGUAGUUAUUCCAAUAGGGGAAAGCUGACUUUAAAACCUAGAAAAAUGGUAUGGUAACUACAUGCAGUUCCAUAAUGAUAUCCAGUGUCGCUGUUGGCUAAGGAUGACUCAGUGGUCAGCUACCUGUAUGUGGUCCCCAAGACCUCACUGUAGAACUAUAUAGUCUUUUACACAGAAGCCCAAAAUUAUUGAAUAAAAUAUUUCAUUUAUGGUGGAAGACAGAUGUUUCAUCCAAAACGUGAACCAAGUAACAGAGAAUUCAAGUACAUACCACAGUCAUUUUCUGGAAAGGGUUCGAUAACAGUUUCAUUAUUUUUGCAUUUGUGUUGACUCUGUUAUUCCAUAACAUAUUAAAAAGUUUUUAAGACUUAACCAUUUGUGUCUUCCGAAAUUGAAAUGACUUCUCAUCUAAAUUAAGCCUACUGCCUGAAAGUCUGGUCCCCUGUGAUCUGAAUGUACCUGGUGUUGAAUAAUACGUAGCCUGGUGGAUAAUAGGUGUGUUAAGCAUGGACUAGACAGUAUUGUAAAAGUAUGAAACGUAAGUGUGUGUGCUCUCGUACAACAAAAAGUUGUUCGUUCCUGUAUUAUGUGCACACUGUCUGAAAUUUUAUGAGUUGUUUGAGAUAAUGCAAUAGUUUUUCAUUGGUUUAUAUUUUGGGCCUGUUCUUUACUCAGAACAGCUACAGAAUUGGUCCGAGAAAUAGUGAAAUUUUCAUUAUGAAGGAAAGAACAUACAUCAUCAUUAGGAUUAGCAAAGUUCCUUUGUUAGUUGUGUAAAAGAGGUUCCGUAAACAAGUUCACGUAUGGCAGGAUUCUUUGUUGUGAUUUGCUUUACUGAAUGAUGCGUCUCCAGUCAUCCAUACGCAACUUGUACUUCCAUAGCCAUUAUAAAUGAACAGUUUCAUGAACAUAGAUGAGCAAAAACUUUUUUAUUUAUGUACUAUUCUUCACACAGUUGUACUCUUAUGUUGCCCGCAGAAUAUGAGUGAUGCAUCAGAAUGUAUUUUAGAAAAUUAACUUUUCAGCAAGUCUUGCUCUCAAGUGAAGGUAUUUUCAGAAGCAGGCAAUAAAGCACAUCUGUGUUUUUGUUUGAUCAACAGUGAACACUGUUAUUGAGCAAAAACUUCAGUAAACUGCUGAAACUUUUUUGGUUGUAGACCAAUAUUACCAUAUUCACCGAAAUGUUAUAUAUUUUUAUAAUUAAGUGACACCAGCUUUGCAUCUCAAAAUUACACAACCACAGCUUGUCAGUCCUGGAUACAUUCUGGAAACAUUUCUCUUCCCAAUUCAGAACCAACUUGAACAUAAGCAAAUUAGUAAGAUACAGUACAACAGAUGAAGUCUUCUUCCCUUGUUUAAUCGUUUUAUUAAAUGUCUAUUUCAUAAUUUUUUGUGUGUGGGCAUAAGGUGCAAAAUUGGUUCUUAUUGCAAAUUUAACACUGUAUCUGUAUCUGUGUAAGUAGUACUGAAAACUUACAUAUAAGGUUGUGACAGAGACAUACAAAUUUGUAACUAAAGUAACAGAUGGCAAUUAUGUACUCUGUGUAAAGCUCCUGGAACUGAACAUACCCUUACUCCUAAUAUCAGAAUAAAAUGUGAAAAAAAAGAAAUGAACUGGAACAUAUUUUCAUAUCUAUCUUCAUAGCAUCAGUUUCUCUGGCAUUUGUGGUAACUUUUAAUUAUAUGUCGAGUUUUCAUACAUAUUUCCCUGUUACUGAAAGAACUGUAGAAAUAUUUCUCUUUUGGUAAAUAAGCAUGAGAAACCACACACUUCUAGAAUGUAAUUCAGUUCACAGUAUGUCAUGACAACAUGGCUGGAGAUGAUAAAUCACUGUGAAUAGCUUUCUGCCCAAAACUUAUACACAUACUAUUACUGUAUUAUAAAUGGCAAAGUGUAUUAAAAUAUGCCUUUGCAAGUAAACUGACAGUAUUUUUUAGUUUUUCUGCAAGAAAACAUAAUGAGGUAAUAUAGAAGAGUUAUGAAUUGAUGUAAACAUUGUAAUGGGAAUUACAUUCAUGUAAUGUUUGUGUUUCUGCAUAAUAUAUUAUGACAAAAGUCUUAAUUAGGUCAUUGAUAAAUGAGAAACCUUAAAAAGGGACCAUUCAACACCAAAAAAAGUUUCAUGUGAGCCUGUAUGGCUAUCUAGGAUUAACUGUGGAGCAUACAGUUAGUUUAGACAGAGAGACUUAAUCUUUAUAAUCAAACCUUAUAAUACGAUUUCAUAUUAUUUCAUGAACCACAUAGCCUGUCUCAAUUUAUGAGAUUUCUAUAUCUGUGUUAUAAUAAUGAUGCAUAUGAAAAAAUAAUGCUUAAAAAAAUAGGUUUUUUGGACUUUCUUGAAGAGAACACCAAUAUUCUCUAAACCUUCUAUAGAUAAGUCAUGGCUGUCUAAGUAAGUAGUUAGUCAUAACAGAGGUGAUGUACAGGUGAUGUCCAAAAUGAAAUGAAAUUAAUGUUCAGAAAGUUAAUGCUGUAUAAAAAUGUUGUAGCUGUAAUUUUUGCAACACCAUAAAUUAAAAUGUACCUCAGAGUAGCAGCUUUAGUUACCAUGUGUCUAAAGAAAAAGAGAAUUUUGUACAUGAACCUUUUUAUUGACAUAAUUGAAAGACAAUAGUCUGUAUUCUCAGAUAAUUAAGUAUGUAUGUGAUUGUGACUAAUGAAAUAAUAUACUUAUGUGUCUCUUCAAUUGUACAAGCAACUUUUGUUACUUGCAUUGCUCAAUAAGUAAAUGUGUUUAUCUGAACAGAAUGCAGCACUAUUAGUUGAAUGUUAGAAGAAGAUUAUUUAUUGUGAAACAUGUGCUUGGUCGCAGAUGUGCUAUUUUGGUAAAGCAGUUAUUGCUAUGCUUUUUAUCUCUGUUUAAGUUCCUGGUCGGAGUAAAUAUCUGUUCCCAUUUAAAACAGUGGCAUAAUAUCUUUGGAUGUAUACGUUGUAUUAAAAAUGGCAUAUAUUUAGAACUACUCAACAUAAAGACUGCUUUGUUAUAUGUGUACAUACGAUGUAAACUGAAAAGUUAUGGCACAUAAUAUUUUUAAUGUCUACUGUAGCAAUGACAAUUGGCAUAUAUGUUACAAAGUCUCCCUUGAGAAGUCUGCUGGACAUUGAAAUUGUGGUACUUUUGCAGAAAUGUCCAGGUGACUUGUGUAAAGCAAAUGAAUAUUUUCUAUUUGUGAGAUGUAUGUUUUGUUGUAUAUAAUUACCUCCACUUGUGUAUUAUACUCUAUGUUUUGUGUAGUAAUUUUACAAGAGAAUAUUAAAUAUAAUUUACAACA